AGUCCUCUCAGGUGCCUUUUCCCCCGCGUUCCUCUCAGGCUCUUGUCUGGCGUGGGUCUCCGGUGGGUUCUCCGGUCUCUAGAGUGGAGGGCGGGCCCGGCCUGGGAGAUACGUUGUCUCCAUCCCCCGCCGGCCUCCUUGCCCCAGUUGCGAGGACCUGGGAGCCCCCAGGCCGGCGGGUACUGAGCUCUCGGGCUCGAGUCCGCAUCUUCACUUUGUGUCAGACCCUGCGGGAGCAGGAGGAGAAGGGAUCUGGGUGGAGGCACUCGGCCCUGCCCCCUGUCCUGCCAGUGGGACCUCGGAACCCCAUUGAGGAGGUGCAGAGUAAGAAAAUUGAAGUCAAAGACCAUGGGAGAUGCCGCCAAACCUUAUUUUGUGAAGCGUACUAAAGAGCGAGGGGCUACAGAUGAUGAGGAUUUCAGAAGGGGUCACUCGCAACAAGAUUAUUUAAUAAUGGAUGAUUAUGCUAAAGGCCAUAGCAGUAAAAUGGAAAAAGGCCUUCCAAAAAAAAAAGUAAUACCAGGGAACUAUGGGAAUACCCCCAGAAAAGGACCUUAUGCUGUUUCCAGCAAUCCAUAUGCAUUUAAGAACCCAAUUUACAGUCAGCCUGCUUGGAUAAAUGACAACCACAAAGAUCAGAGUAAGAGAAGGCUAUCUGAUGAACUUGCUGGGAAUUCAGACAGUUGGAGAGAAUUCAAACCUGGACCUAGAAUUCCUGUUAUAAACCGACCAAGAAAGGACUCUUUUCAAGAAAGUGAAGAUGGAUAUAGGUGGCAAGACGGAAGAGGCUACAGAACUGUAAGACGACUGUUUCAUAAAGACCUGACAAGCCUGGAAACCAUGUCAGAAAUGGAAGCAGGAAGUCCUGAAAACAAGAAACAGAGGUCCAGACCUAGGAAGCCACGGAGGACUAGAAAUGAAGACAAUGAACAGGAUGGAGAUUUGGAAGGCCCUGUGAUCGACGAGUCUGUGCUUUCAAUGAAGGAGCUGCUGGGCUUACAGCAGGCUGAGGAGCGACUGAAAAGAGACUGCAUCGACAGGCUGAAAAGGCGACCGAGAAACUACCCUACAGCAAAGUACACCUGCAGACUUUGUGAUGUUUUAAUUGAAUCCAUUGCAUUUGCUCAUAAGCAUAUCAAAGAGAAGAGGCACAAGAAAAACAUGAAGGAGAAGCAGGAGGAAGAGUUGCUCACCACGUUGCCCCCACCUACACCCUCCCAGAUAAAUGCAAUUGGUAUUGCCAUUGACAAAGUGGUACAGGAGUUUGGCUUACACAGUGAGAACUUGGAACAGAGACUAGAAAUUAAACGUAUCAUGGAAAAUGCGUUCCAAUACAAGUUACCAGAUUGUUCUCUGAGAUUAUAUGGGUCAUCCUAUAGCAGAUUGGGCUUCAAAACUUCAGAUGUAAACAUUGACAUUCAGUUUCCAGCCAUUAUGUCUCAGCCAGAUGUUCUCUUGCUUGUUCAAGAAUGUUUAAAGAACAGUGACUCUUUUACUGAUGUUGAUGCAGAUUUCCACGCUAGGGUGCCAGUGGUGGUGUGCAGAGAAAAGCAAAGUGGUCUUCUUUGCAAAGUGAGUGCAGGAAAUGAAAAUGCUUGUCUGACAACAAAUCAUUUAACUGCCCUUGGAAAACUAGAAUCAAAGCUCGUUCCCUUGGUGAUUGCGUUUAGAUACUGGGCAAAGCUUUGCAGUAUAGACCGCCCUGAAGAAGGAGGUUUGCCACCUUAUGUGUUUGCCCUGAUGGCCAUUUUCUUUCUGCAACAGAGAAAAGAACCCCUUCUACCUGUUUAUCUAGGAUCAUGGAUUGAAGGAUUCUCAUUAAACAAACUAGGGAACUUCAACCUUAAAGAAAUUCAGAACGACUCUGUGGUCUGGGAAUACACUGAUGAUGCCACAGGGGACACAGACACAGCAAAAGAAGAGGCACCCAAAGAAAUGCCCGUUAAAAUGGGACAGGUAUCUCUAAUAUUUGAUUUCAAAAACCAGCCUUCAGUACCCGUUGGGCAGCUCUGGGUGGAACUGCUUCGAUUCUACGCUUUAGAGUUCAAUUUGGCUGAUUUAGUGAUAAGUAUCCGUGUCAAAGAAGCAGUGUCUCGUGAAUCAAAGGAUUGGCCCAAAAAGCGCAUUGCCAUUGAAGAUCCCUACUCUGUUAAGAGGAAUGUGGCAAGAACCCUAAAUAAUCAACCUGUAUUUGAAUAUAUACUUCAUUGUUUAAGGACAACGUAUAAAUAUUUUGCUCUUCCACACAAAGUUACAAAGUCUAGCCUUCCAAAGCCUCUGAGUGCUGUUACCUGUACUUCCGAGCAUUCUAAACAAGUAGCAAAACGUGAUCCAGGUGUACAAGUGAAAGGUGAUAAACUCAAAAACUCAGUUUUGGCUCAAGGUCUUGGUGCUGCCAGUUCAACUGCAAACACCUGCAAGGCACGGCCACUUACUCUCAAAGAGACAGCUGAAUGCUUUGAAAGCCCAUCAAGAGAGGAAAUGGGAAACACACGCAUCUGUGUCCACCUGGAAAACUCAGACGGUAUGAAGGCCGAGGUCAGUUGUGAUGACUCUGAGGAUGUUAAAGUGCAACAUCAAGAAACAGGAAGUAAAAAUGAGGACAAAAAAAGUGGGAGGGAGGGCAUGCAUCCUUUGACAGCUGAUGAUCAAGCUGUAAGUAGUAGCAAAUGUGGGGAGCUUGCCACCUGUGGCAGCACACGAACUAAUGAGACAGGCAGCACUUUGGGUUUGGAAGACUUCAGAAAUCCUACAGCCAAAGAGUGCAAUGACAAGGCUGGUGCCGAAGCAAGCAUGGAAGCUACUGAUGAACUCGGAGACACUCUAAGCCACUUUACCCCUUCGAGACAGGGCCGGAUGUCAGGAAUCAUUCACUCUGAUGAAGAAGAGGAAGAAGAAGAGGAGGAGGAUGAGGAACCCGGGCUCUGCAUUUCCCGAAGGGAAGAAGAGGAUGGCAUUGCUAAUGAAGAUGAAUUGGACAACACCUACCCCGGAUCAGGGGAUGAGGAUGCCCUGUCAGGAGAGGAUGAGGAAUUAGGUGGGUCUGCUAAGUCUGAAGACUUGAAAGAAUGUGGAAAACAUGCGGAUGAAGCUCUACUCACGGAACUUAAUAAAGUCAGUCUUAAAGAAGGAAAUGUAUGUGAGGAAAAUUCAGCUGUGGAUCUGCCUGAUUUCUUCUAUGAAUUUAGUAAACUCACCUUCACCAAAGGCAAGUCUCCUACAGUAGUAUGCAGUUUAUGCAAACGAGAGGGUCAUCUAAAGAAGGACUGUCCCGAAGACUUCAAAAGAAUCCAGCUGGAACCUCUGCCACCGUUAACACCCAAAUUUUCAAAUAUCUUAGAUCAAGUUUGCAUUCAGUGUUAUAAGGAUUUUUCUCCAACCAUUUUAGAAGAUCAGGCUCGUGAACAUAUUCGGCAAAACCUAGAAAGUUUCAUAAGGCAAGAGUUUCCAGGAACUAAAUUGAGCUUGUUUGGCUCCUCCAAAAAUGGAUUUGGGUUCAAACAGAGUGACCUUGACGUCUGUAUGACAAUUAAUGGACUUGAAACUGCUGAGGGGUUGGACUGCGUAAGAACUAUUGAAGAAUUGGCAAGAGUCCUCAAAAAACAUUCAGGGCUGAGAAACAUCUUGCCUAUUACAACAGCAAAGGUGCCAAUUGUAAAGUUCUUCCAUUUGAGAAGCGGUCUGGAAGUGGACAUCAGUUUGUAUAACACAUUGGCCCUUCAUAACACAAGGCUCUUAUCUGCCUAUUCAGCCAUUGAUCCCAGAGUGAAAUAUUUGUGCUAUACCAUGAAAGUAUUUACAAAGAUGUGCGACAUUGGUGAUGCAUCUAGAGGCAGCUUAUCAUCAUACGCAUACACGCUUAUGGUGCUAUAUUUUCUCCAGCAGAGGAAUCCGCCAGUCAUCCCUGUCCUUCAAGAGAUAUACAAAGGUGAAAAGAAACCUGAAAUAUUUGUUGAUGGCUGGAAUAUUUAUUUUUUUGAUCAAAUAGAUGAACUGCCCACCUAUUGGCCAGAAUAUGGAAAAAAUACAGAAUCUGUUGGGCAGCUCUGGUUGGGACUUCUUCGUUUCUACACAGAGGAAUUUGAUUUUAAAGAACAUGUCAUUAGUAUCAGGAGAAAAAGUCUGCUUACAACUUUUAAGAAACAGUGGACCUCAAAAUACAUUGUUAUUGAAGAUCCAUUUGAUUUGAAUCAUAAUCUUGGAGCUGGAUUAUCAAGGAAAAUGACAAAUUUUAUAAUGAAGGCAUUUAUUAAUGGUAGAAGAGUAUUUGGUAUUCCUGUCAAAGGAUUUCCGAAGGACUACCCCUCAAAAAUGGAGUACUUUUUUGAUCCAGAUGUGCUGACUGAAGGAGAGCUGGCCCCAAAUGAUAGAUGUUGCCGAAUUUGUGGGAAAAUUGGACACUUCAUGAAGGAUUGUCCUUUGAGGAGAAAAGUGAGGCGACGGCGAGAUCAGGACGAUACCCUGAACCAAAGAUACCCUGAGAACAAAGAGAAAAGAAGCAAAGAAGACAAAGAAAUUCAAAACAAGUACACAGAGAGGGAGGUGUCAGCAAAAGAAGAUAAGCCCAUGCAGUGCACAGCCCAGAAAGCCAAGCCAGUGAGGGCAGCUGUUGACCCGGGGAGAGAGAAAGUUCUCAGGCCACUGGAAAAAUGGAAAAGACAGGAUGACAAAGACUUAAGAGAAAAACGCUGUUUUAUUUGUGGAAGAGAAGGACACAUUAAAAAGGAAUGCCCGCAGUUUAAAGGUUCUUCAGGUAGCCUUUCCAGUAAAUAUAUGACUCAGGGAAAAGCCUCAGCGAAGAGGACCCAGCAGGAAUCAUGAGGGAAGGAAAAUGCCGCACUCUAAAUGGCCACUCAGGCGUUCCUACUCACUUUGAAAAUUAGGUUCAUUUCACAGGACACAGCAGCAUAGAUCAGGCUUCAACUUAACAUUUAAGGGAAAUGUCAGAUUUUUUUUAACUUAAUGAAAUUGUUAAUGAGGAAAAAAAAUUUUAAUAUAGUCCUACCUACUACAAAUCCCUAUAGAUUUAAGGAUUUUAAUAGAAAGCCAUGAUGUAUGUAUUUAAGAAGACAGGUUAAAAAAAAAUGUAACUAUGGGCCAGUAUUCAGUGAAUACAAUUUCAUGGUUUUUAAUAAUCUCAAAGCACACUAAAAAUGGUGUGCUGAUAAACUCCAAGUAAAUUAAUCCUUUUUUCCUUUAUAAAUUUUUUCUUUGAAGAGGGGAAAUUAUAUUUAUUGUUGUUGACUGAAUCCUUGUGUGAAAGCGUGUCAAAUAUGUGUGAACUGCUACUACUGUAUUUACGAUUUACAACCUUAUUUUAUUGAUAUUUGUAGAAGUGGUAACGUGAACGUGAGUACCUAUUUAUGUGAGCCUUCCGUGGAUGAGCAGUGCCACUGGGGGGCUUUUUUUCCCCCCGUCUCUAAUCUUAAAUAAGUUAACAUAUAACUACUAUGCUCAUCAAAAUGAAGUAAGGAAAACAAGAGUCCUGUUUGCUGCUAAAAACAUUUUCAGACAAAAAAAUGACAAAAGUACUUUUUACUUUUUAUGAUAUUCAGAAAUUAGGGUGGAGAACUUUUAAAAAUCCCUGAAGAUUAAAGAGGCAAUCUCUGCCAAUCAUGAGUUUGAUUGGUGUCAUUUUGGUCCGACUGGAGCCCUCAUGGAAAUGUUCCUCUAACUUCACAAGCCCUUCAGAAGUAGUACAUGGUCAGAACUAUGCCUCGGUUUAUUUAUCAUACUGAAAUAAAAUCAAAAUUUCGACCUUUAAUUUUAUCCACAUUACUUUCCAGUGAGGGUCCUAAGUUUCAUGAGGAAAGGAGGGCAAGGAUGAAGGGCAGUACAGAUCUGCUCCUCUUUAUCCCGUGCUCCCUUGACUUGUGCUGAAGAGACCUGGUGUUCAUUGACACCCGAUGUGUGCUGAGCACUGGGAAUGUGCAGAUAAGAGGCACAGGGGUGAACAGAUAGAGGGCUGCAGGGGGUGCUUGCUGGGCACGCGUUCCCGGAUACGAGGGAGCUCAGACACUAACACACCUUGUGUGCCCUUCUUUUAAACAAAUUACUUGAAGACAUUUGCCAGCUAAAGAAUCGUAUCAAAAUUAACUUUAGAAUCAAGAAGUUAUAGUAAAAGAAUGAGCGAUCAUUCCUUACUCAGUUCUGAAUGAACACAAACUCGUGAACAAACAAGUGAAUUAGGCACCUGGUGCUGAAACUACGUGACUUUCCUCAGCUGCACCUCUUCUGAUUUCCUCUCUUGCCCUCAUGCAUGAAAGUCACCUUGAUGAGACAUACAAAUUCUUGUCACACUUUCUUAAAAAAACCUGUUGAUGCCAUUCUGUUGACUUCUGGCAUAGCAGAAGACUGAGGCCAGCCUGACUUUUUGUUCCCUUCUAGGUUUUAUUUUUCUGCUUGGAUGCUUCUGUAUGUAUUUCUCCCUAUAACUUUUAUACCAGUGACUUUCAUCUGAAACAAAAGUGAAUCUCUCACCACCCAAUUUUUUUUUAAUUUGCGAAAAUAUAGUCAUAAUUCUGUUUCUCAAAAAUACUUUUGUCUUUUCUCAAAUUCCUCUAUCAUUUCUUUCCUUCCUGUUAGGAAAACUUGUCAAGUGUAGUCUUCCCGUGACUGGUUGGACUUUUUAGUGUCAUUCUGCUGUUUUGCUGUUUCUAACAUGAAUCUUGUCAUUGCACUUCUAAUUUUCUUGAACUUAACCUCACCCACCACCUUCCUUUUCCUCUCAUUCUUUUAGUUUGCUCUUAUUUUCUUCCUUUUCAUAGAAACUGUGUUUUCUUAUGUCCCUUUAAGGAUGUCGAAGGUCUCCUACAUUUUAUUCUGAUUCCUACAGUAGAUUCUGCCCAAUGUAUUUGAUAGCUUUUUGUUUGAUUUUCACUUCCUCACACUGGAUCAGUGGGACAGUGACCCGUGUUUGCCAGCAGACCUGAAACAUGGACUGUCCUUGGUUCCUCGAUCCCUUUACUUGGGUGCUGGUCACCGCCCCUUCUCAGCAUCCCAGAUAGGGGACAGGUACAUCUGCUCCCUGCUGAGCCCAGUUCCCAGGGCGUGGCUAUCUUUCACAUGCAGCUGGCCUGUUUUAACAAGCUCCAGAAAUGCCCCACUACCAGAGUUCUCCCUUCCUCUUUCUCUCAGGAAGAAACAGAAACAUGAAAUCCAUUUUUUAUACUCCCAAUCUACACUUUUUAAUCUCCUGCUCAGUGUGUACAGUAGCAGGAAUGUGCACACUUAGAGAUGUUACUUAAAUGUUGAGAUAACUUCAGUUUAUUUUUCAUUUUGAAAUGUGUUUCAUCAUUUGUUUUGUUAAAAAAAAAAACAACUCUCCCUAAUGGGAAAAAGCACUGGGUAGAUAGGUCACUAGGGUUCACAGUGUUACAAAAAAUUAUUGAAAAGCAAUUUAACAAACCUCCAUAAAGCUGCAAAGAUGUGCUCAGUACAUUUUUCUUUGAAAGCAAGCUUGUUUGGACAGUAGUAGUAAAGAAUUUUGCACACUUUUCA